CCAAGCUCAUCAUCAUCACAAGUCACAACCCGCGAAGCGCGCGCACGCUCGCCCACGCCAGGUGCUGCUGAGCUGAGCCGAGGGCCGGGCAUGGAGGACACGGCGGCGACGCUGGCGACGGAGCUGGACGGGCUGCUGGCCAUGGCGAGGGAGCUGGAGGUGCGCCUCGAAGGCGACCAGGGCGCGCCGGGUACCGCCAGGGAGCUCUGCGCCGCUCUGGCCGCGUCCGUCGACCGGGCCAUGAGACUCGCCGGGAGCAGCCCGCGCGGCGGCGGCGACGGCGAAGGCAAUGCCACCGGCAGGGCGAGCGUGAGCGGCAGGAAGGCCGCGGCGGGGAAGGUGAGGAGGCAGGUGCGGGUGGCGUCUGUGACGGACGUGGGGCCGCUCAACGACGGGCUCAGCUGGCGCAAGUACGGGCAGAAGGACAUCCUCGGCGCCCCGUACCCGCGGGCAUACUUCCGGUGCACGCACCGGCACUCGCAGGGCUGCCAGGCCACCAAGCAGGUGCAGCGCGCGCACGCCGACCCGCUGCUCUUCGACGUCGUGUACCACGGCGCGCACACCUGCGCCCAGGCCGCCGUACGGCCAGAGCAGCAGAGCCCGCCGGCCGUGGCGCCGGAGGGGAUUCAGUGGCCGGUUACGCCGCCCUCGUUCCCCUCCCCGCCUGCCGGCACCGUUGGCGAAUACUACCCCUCCGUGUGCCAGCUUGACGGCGGCUACGGCUACGCUGCCGGCGGAGGCCUCGGGGCUGACAUGGGGUUCGGGGACGAGUGGUUCCUGAAUCUGUCCGAUGUUUUCCAACCCGAGGUUCAGAACCUGUAGGUGCUUGCUGCAGCCAGUAUCGUACUGUAUUGUAUUCGCAGCACUGCAGCAGUAUUUAGAUUCAGACUCGUGUGAUCGCCGGCCUGAGCUGACGAAGGUGCCGAAUUCUCGAGCAGGGGAGCGGCAUCGAACGAGAAGUAGCAAGUCCAACUGGACAAGUUAUUGAACAAGCCGUGUAGGAUGAUAGCCUGUCUCCCAUUAAGAGAGAAAACAACUGAACUAUCAACGUCUAGAGACUUAAUUUGAUUCUUGCGUAGGCAUCGGGACUAUAGAAGUACUUACUCGAACUGAUCCCAGCCAUGGCGAGAGAAAACAACUGAACCAUCAACAUCAAGGGACAAAUAUGAAAGGUUCCUGAUUUCAGUGACCAAUAUGAAAGUACAUCAACGUCUAUAAUUACUCUAUAAGUUGCUCAC